UACUUUUUUCUCGGGAUGUAUAAACAAGCUGAAGCCGCUGGAUUUAAAGCUCCAAAAAGCCGACUUCAAAACCGCCUCCUCUUCCACUUGGCUCAUAAGUUUAAUGAUGAGAAGAAGUUGAUGAACUUUCAUCAGAAUCUUCAGGAUAUCACAGAAGAUCAACUUAGUUUGGCCUCAAUCCACUAUAUGCGAUCUCACUACCAAGAAGCUAUUGAUAUUUAUAAGCGAAUACUCCUAGAUAACAGGGAAUACCUUGCCCUCAAUGUGUAUGUGGCCCUAUGUUACUACAAGUUGGAUUACUAUGAUGUGUCUCAAGAAGUUCUGGCAGUUUACCUUCAGCAAAUUCCUGAUAGCACCAUCGCACUCAAUCUUAAGGCCUGUAAUCAUUUUCGCCUUUACAACGGCAAAGCAGCUGAGGCAGAACUCAAAAGCUUGAUGGACAACGCUUCUUCUUCCUUUGAAUUUGCUAAAGAACUCAUCAAGCACAAUCUGGUUGUUUUCCGAGGAGGUGAAGGGGCUUUGCAGGUUUUGCCUCCCCUGGUUGAUGUCAUUCCUGAAGCUCGGUUAAACUUAGUAAUUUACUACCUUCGUCAAGAUGAUGUACAAGAAGCUUAUAACUUAAUUAAGGAUCUGGAACCUACUACUCCUCAGGAGUAUAUCCUCAAAGGAGUGGUCAAUGCGGCCCUUGGCCAGGAAAUGGGUUCGAGGGACCAUAUGAAAAUUGCCCAGCAGUUCUUCCAGCUGGUGGGAGGGUCAGCGAGUGAGUGUGAUACAAUACCUGGGAGGCAGUGCAUGGCUUCCUGUUUCUUUCUGCUUAAGCAAUUUGAUGAUGUCUUGAUAUACCUCAACUCAUUUAAGAGUUACUUCUACAAUGAUGACAUCUUUAACUUUAAUUACGCCCAAGCCAAAGCUGCAACAGGCAAUACCAGUGAGGGUGAAGAGGUUUUCCUUUUAAUCCAAAGUGAGAAGAUGAAAAAUGAUUACAUUUACCUCAGUUGGUUAGCUCGGUGCUAUAUCAUGAACAAGAAACCAAGACUAGCCUGGGAACUUUAUCUCAAGAUGGAAACCUCUGGCGAGUCCUUUAGCCUCUUACAGCUCAUUGCUAAUGACUGCUACAAGAUGGGCCAGUUCUACUACUCAGCCAAAGCUUUUGAUGUCUUAGAGAGACUGGAUCCCAACCCUGAAUAUUGGGAAGGCAAGAGGGGUGCCUGUGUGGGCAUUUUCCAGAUGAUCUUAGCUGGAAGAGAACCCAAAGAGACCCUUCGAGAAGUGCUCCAUUUACUGAGAAGCACAGGUAACACCCAAGUGGAGUACAUCAUCCGGAUCAUGAAGAAAUGGGCCAAAGAAAACAGAGUGCCUGUCUAAAAUAGCUCCAGAGUCCUCGGGAACCAGUCAGCACUUGGAUGUGAAAUUGGAAAUCAUUUUCCUCAAGUUUAAUGUAAGAUGCAGGGCUCUGUUCUUGGACAUUUCCUUCCUUGCCCUUCGAGCCAAGAUCAGUGACUGACUUGCUUAGAACUAGCCUCCUGGCUGAACUAAGUGCCAGAGUCCACGCU